ACUUUUCUGUUUCUCAUUUUAUUUAAUUGUUCGCAAUUUCAUUUUAUUUUUGCACCAGCCGUAAAGGAUCUGCUGAUUCAGUAUCAUAACAAGACCAUAAGCACAAGCAGCCUCCUCAUCAGACUAAACAUGACUUCUUCCCCAUUUGAUAUGAGAAGUAUAUGCCCCUCACCCGAGUAUUCCUGCAAUCGGAUAUGCCCUUUGGACGACCAAGACCAAGAACGAGCGUACAAAAGGCCUUGCUAUUGCGAUACGUUAUGUUUCAAGUUGGGGGAUUGUUGCUUCGAUUACUUCUUGAGGUAAUACAUUUUGACAGGAUAAAGAAGGGGGGGUUAAGUUGGAAAACUAAGUCCUUCCACGAAGGACUAAUUUCUAAAGUAAUUCCUUCAUUGUUAUGUCGUUAUUGCCAUGCACUCUCUAAUUUCCAAGAAGGAUCUACAAAGGAUGAAUUUUUUUCUCGAAGUGGGUUAACCUGAACAUCUAAUGUGGCCUUUUUGAUUCCCUUCCCAAAAAAUUUAGAACUAAGAGUGAUAACAUGCAAACUGCAAACUGCAAACUGCAAACUGCAAACUGCAAACCUGCUGUACAGGCAAACAUUGCGCACCAAACCAAAGUUGGUUUUUGCAUGCAUUGCUUGUGAUUGGCUGAUGGCGCGAGUUUCUUGGUGUCGAGUUUAGCUCCAAACCUUAAGUUUACCAAAGUUCUUUCAUCUCCUGGUUAGCAGAUAACACAUAAAUAUAUAAAGAAAUUUACUUAUUGCGUCGGUGGGAGAGUAUAACAGGGUAAUCUAGUACAUAAACUGUGUUGAUAAAGUAAAUUGGCCACCGUAAAGAGUUGAAAAGCUGACGUUUCGAGCGAGGACGAGGGGCUAACGCUCGAAACGUCAGCUUUUAAAACUCUUUACAGUGGGCAAUUUACGUUAUCAACUCAGUUGAUAAUACUAAAUUUCACUGAUACUUCGUUAUGUCUAUUAACAUAAACGAGGUUAAUCCAUCGAAGGGGAAGGAUGAGUGGUCGACUGCCUGACUCCUUGACUACCUCAGUGGCUAACUUUUCACCAAAAAAGUUUAUUUUUUAAAGCACUCAACAUCAACAUCUUCAUCAGACCAAAUACGACUUUUUUCUUCUUUUAAGAUUGAAGAUCUUUGGUCAACCUUCAAUUCGCUAGCACAGUGGUACACCUUUUAGAUAACACAGAUCAUUUUUAUACCUGAAUAUGAGGAUGGACAGACUAAUUCACACACAUAGGAGACCAUGAAAGUACAGAUUGACUAACUAAGGGAAUGAUACUUGACAUCCCGAUCGAUUAACCACUUAAUUGAACUUGUUUUUUUUUUCCACAUUGGCGGUUUCUGUGACCUAUCAGUUCAGUUCAGUCGGCCAGUCGUACUUACUUAUCCCUUUUCUUCAAGGUGUAAGGUUUCCAAGACACCGAAAAAGAGCCCUACUAAGCAGAAGUGUAUAAAAACGAACAACUCGACGGAUUAUGGGUUCGUAAUGAUUUCCAGCUGUCCAUCAAACAAUCCCGACCAGAGUCUGAAUUCCCUAUGCGUUGAAAAACCCACCGCGACAAAUCUUCUCAGACUUUUGCCUGUAACAGACAUGGAGGAAAAACUCACGUACAAGAAUGUGUUCUGUUCUAAAUGCAAUCAUGCGAAGAAUCAGACAUACUGGAAAUUCUCCGCCUCAUGCAAACGUAUUAGCACUCAUAACGUUCCAAAGGACAGAUCACAGAUGUUGGAAUACAUAAUGACGAGAUGUGAAUGGGAAUUCAAAGCACCCACUGGUAAUAAGCAUCUGCUAAAGCAAUGCUUGGCCAUAGAGCAAAGCUGUUCAGAUCCAACAGUAAUUCAAGCAGAACCACUGCUGCCCGAUUUAUGUUCAUUUUACGCCUUUCCUGUUUGUGACAGCGCUCAAAAAAAGAAUCCACAUUGUGAAAUCUGCAAGGGCAAAGACAUUAGCGCAUAUUCUUGUGCCUGCUACUCAGUGAAUCCACCACCACCACCACCACCACCUGGCAUACCUCCCUUGGAUAUCUUAUUCGACUUUUCCUCCUCUUUCCACACCAUAAGACUGGGAAAACAGAAGACUGUCGUAAUGAACAAGCUGUGUGCUGAAGGAUCCGUAUUUGAUCCCUUCACUGAAAAAUGCAUUCAAGUCAGCGUUCACAUUGCUACGAAUAAUGAAAGUUCCAUCAACUGUUCCUUUGUCGAAAUGGAACUAAAUUCUGUUAGAAUUCAAACUAACGGCUCAGUAUGGAUUCCAUUGCACAAACAAUCGUACGGUAACGAAAGCUUCUUUAUCAAUGGGUCAUCUCUCUUCCUUUGUAUGAACCUCAGUCGUAACUAUGUCGUGAAGGAAACAGUCGCAUCAAGAAAGAUCACACCACGACAAGUGUUAACGUACAUCGGAUGCACCACCUCCAUAAUGUCCCUACUUUUUCUUCUUGGUACUUACAUUGCAAUUGCAGAGCUGAGGAAUUUGCCAGGGAAGAACCUCAUGAAUCUUUCCUGUGCAAUGUUGUUGUACCAUACCAUGUUCUUUCUAUCUGGUGAGACCGACAAGCCACAACUUUGCAUGACGGUGUCCAUUCUACUCCAUUAUUUCCUGUUGUGUUCAUUUUUCUGGAUGGGAGUUUUGGCAUUUGAUGUGGCAAAGACGUUUGGAGCCACAGGUAACUUAUUUCAUGGACUUUAAGAUGCAUAUUUGGUGCUUCUUUUAAACCGAGAUGGUAGGCUCUCUUACCAGUGUGAUAUCAAUUACGAGUUGCACACUAAAUACUGUCGAAAAUUAUAUUUUCGUAAAGUAGUAAGAAGGAAACGUGUUGACCUUAUUUUGGUCUCGGAGCCUGAAAACACCUUACCAAAAGUAACGGUUAAAUCGUAGCUCUCGUUUUCUUGAAGUUAAAGAAUUCAAACAUGAAAGUCAUUGUAAUGAACAUCAGGAUACCGGCGCUACAAAAAUACUUUUACCUUUAUCUUUAUCAUCGACGGUAGGUGAGGAGGACAUGGUGAGAACGAAAUUCGACAUUUUCAAUUUUUGACUUGUUUGUGGACAACUUGAGUGCGAACUUUAUGGUCCGAGUCUGAAUUACAUUAUUCGCACCUCCUGUUUCUAUUAGACCUCCAACCUCCAAACUGCAUUUAGCAUUUCAUCAAUUUACUUAUUUGAAGUCCUUUGCAAUAUAGGUAUAAGGAAGCAAAAAGCGCAGAUGUAAAUAGAGUUAGGCUUUAGAGUCGAUAAAAUUAGAGAUAUUGGUUAUGAGACUUAUCUUGGUCUCUCCGAUUGCUUAAACUAACAAAUAUAUCUAUUUUCAAAAACAGGGCAACCAGCACAUUCUCGCUCUAGUGGUAACACAAAUGCGUUAAUGGUAUACUGCGUAUUUGCCUGGAUCACUCCUGCUCUUGUUGUGAUCACAAGUGUAACUCUGGAUAAAACAGACGCAUUCAGCAUUGGAUACGGUACGACAGUACGGUGAAAACAAUCUCCCUCAACCCCUGACUGAACUCUUUUUUGAGCCCUGUGGGUAGAAUUCCUAGAAAUAUAUCGUAACACCCACUUGUAUUUGGCCCUUGUAUUUAUUCCUACAAGCAGCUACUUCGUUGUUUGUCUAAAUGCGAACUGGUUAUUUGCAAUCAUACUAAUCUCUGCUAUCCUUGAUUAGACUUGUUUGUUAUCAGCUCCAUUCGUUUCUCUUAAAUUUUUUUCCACCCCAGAAUAGUCUUUGUGAUUUUUUACUUGAUGUAAAGGUCGUUCCCCUUAACUCUCAACAUGCACACCUCAAAAUCUCUUGACGUGCAUUCUCCAAGAUUUCAGCGCUAUAUUUUUUUAAGUUCGUUUGGGAAUUUAAUUCAAUGAAUACCUGCUGUACACUUGAUCAACACACGUGUCUCUCCCAUGCAUUCUAUAGAGCUUACUGAUUUUUCAAUUAGGUGACAUUUUUUGCUGGAUUUCAAAUGGGAAAGCACUUCUUCUGGUACUUGGUCUACCUGUGGCAGUCAUCAUAAUUUUCAACAUAGCUGCUCUUUCCUACACGAUGGCUUCUAUUUGGAAGGUUAAGAAGGUAGUUCUCGAAGUUUCUCUUCUAUUCAUGCAAGACCUUACUCAACAUGAUUAUUUCUCUGUAAAAGUGUUGGUGGCCGUUAUUGAGCGGUUGGCGGUUGUCCGAAGUUUUAACGGUUUAGGGAACCAUGGUAUUUUCAGUUUAUCUUGCCCACGUUUUUCUAAGUACUUAUUGCUUCAUUGACAAUGAGCUUAUGACGUUUAUCUUGAUCCAAUCAAAUAUCUUAGACUCCCUAAAAGAUUACUGGAAAGACAAUAAAUUUUAAACCAGGUCGUCAAUAAGAAAAAGAUGCUGUUGGAUUUUUUCACUAGCGUAGGUUAAAGCAAAAACUCUCAUGGAAAAAUUCCCAAAUGGCAAAUGAGUCUUAAACCUUCAUCCACUUCACCACUGAGCUACAGAGAACUUCAUGGUGAGAUAGGCCGUCACUAAAUUUAUAUUUGACAAGCGACGAGCAAUGUCGAAAGUUUGUGGGAGCAAAUGGGGUAAGAAAUCAUGGUGCUGCGCCGGUGGGGGGAGGGGUGCUCACAAGAUAGUUUUGUUUUGUCAACUGCGUUGAUAACGUGAAUUGGCCACACUUAAGAGUUUCUCAAGCUGAAGUUUCGAGCGUUAGCUCUUCGUCAGAAAGUUAUUCUUUUGCUUGUGAGUCAACUUCUCUUAGGUACCCUGUUUCGUCCUUUGUCCCUAGCUAGUAACAAAGCAAAUAACCUUUUCCUUCAUGACAGACCACGCGUCACGUAACAAGUAACGAGACCAGUCUUCUUAUCCUGUACUUAAAGCUGUCUUCGUCUAUUGGCUUCACCUGGAUAUUGGGUUUCAUCGUUCCAUUUGCCAAAGUGGAGUUUCUGAAUUAUUUGUUUGUGAUUUUAAACAGUCUUCAAGGUACGUUUUCUAUGCAAAUGACGGUUAGCAAGUAAAAGGUAGGUCCAUGGCUUUAAUCUGUACCUAAGAAUCAUUGAAACGGACCAAAACAUUUGGAUAAAAAAUCGAAUAUUCCACUCAGGUGCAAUCCUGAAUAUUAUUUUUCCUUUUUGCCAGAAGACAUCAAUGUCAUCUAAUCCUUAAUCGUUGAUUCUACGUUUUGUUACCCCAUCAUCAUGUUACUAUGAUCAAUUACACCAUAGAAGACUCCUUGAUUCUACGUUUUGUUACCACAUUAUCAUGUUACCAUGAUAAAAAAUUCAUAUUAAAUUAUUUCAACUUCCUUCUGAUCAAGAAUUCAUCUCCAUUAAAUCACUGUUUUUAGUUGGAAGUUAAUGUAAGUGGUUCCACUUAUAGAGUGAUUCAUUAACCCCCUGUUAUUUAUAGGAUUCUUCAUUUUUCUGGCUUUCGUGGCAAACAGACGGACAUACAGCAAGAUAAAGGCUUAUUGUGUGUCACGAUUCAGCCCCACAAACCACACUGAUACAAAUGAAUGCCAGUCCGGGUCGACUCACGUCAGGAAAAUCGCAACAUAG